GACCCCGCGCGUCAUCAAAACGUGUGUAUCGAUGACGUCAUGAAAAGUUGGUGUGUGUGAAAUCCCCGGAUGUUCCUCCUCUUUGCAGCAGUGACUGAAAGUCAACAUGCCUGAUAAAAAGAAGAAGACUAGGCACUGCUCGCGCAAUGCCACCCUCAUUAAGGGGGUCGGCCGCAACAGCCGCUCCAAGAUGUGGGCCAAGACCUUCAUGUACGAGCGCAUCAAGAAGGCACUGAAAAAACCCAGGGCCAAGACAGAAACCAAGAAAAACACCAGGUUCGUCACCAAAGACAUCGGCGGUGACAAGAAUGGAGGCACCAGGAAGGUCCCAGUUAGCAGGACGCCCAAGUAUUACCCUACCGAGGACGUCCCUCGCAAACUGCGCAGCAGUAAGAAGCCGUUCUCCCAGCACAAGAAGAAGCUGCGUCCCUCCAUCACACCAGGAACUGUCCUCAUCCUGGUGUCAGGCAGGCAUAAGGGAAAGAAAGUUAUUUUCCUGAAGCAGCUGAAAAUGUCUGGGCUUCUUCUGGUCACUGGUCCAUUCAAGCUGAACGCAGUCCCCCUGCGCCGCGUUAACCAGAUCUACGUCAUCGCCACCAAGACGAAGAUCGACAUCUCCGGCGUCAAGCUGCCGACGCGCCUGAACGAUCGCUACUUCAAGCGCAAGCGGCUGCGCAAGCCCAAGCACCAGGAGGGCGAGAUCUUUGACACAGAGGAGGAGAAAUACUCUGUCAGCCAAGAAAGAAAGGAGGACCAGGUGAAGGUGGACAGUCAGAUCCUGCCUCUUCUGCAGAAAGAAAACCAUCUGAAGAGCUACAUGCGCUCCACUUUCUCCCUCAAGAACGGCCAAUAUCCACACGAGAUGGUGUUCUAGAGAUGUCCAGUCUGACUACUAAAACAUUCAAAUAAAACCAGGCCAAAAUAUGUGAAA